AUGCCACCAAAUGACCCUGAACAGAAGAAUUUACAUAUCGGGCUGUUCCUCAGCGUCCUCGAUUACUGCUUUUCCCCUCCUAGUGAACAUUUUUAUUGGAACCAAGUCGUCAAUCAUCAAGAGUCCUCCGUCCUUCGUUGCACAGCUUUCUUCAUUCCAAGCGGAUUGUUUGUGACCAUGGCGGACAAGACUCGUGAUCGCUCGGAGAUCGAAGAUGUUCCUGUCGAAAAGGCUGAAAGCAAUACCGUCAGUCUUAAGGAAGCCCAUCUCAACAUCGACCCGGCUCUUGAGAAGAAGCUUCUAUGGAAGACCGAUCUCAACCUGAUUCCCAUCACCUUCCUACUCUUCCUUUGUGCUUUCAUCGACCGUAUCAACAUCGGCAAUGCCCGUAUUCAGGGACUUGAGAAGGACCUCAACUUGCAAGGUUCAGAUUACAACAUUGCACUGUUCAUGUUCUUCGUUCCAUAUAUCCUCCUUGAAGUGCCCUGCAAUUUGCUUCUUGGAGACGCUGGAGUCCUUCUGAAGAAAAUUCGGCCGUCCAUUUUUAUCAGCACCGUCAUGGUAUUCUGGGGUGUCGUGACAGUUUGUCAAGGAGUUACACAGUCCUUCGCCGGCCUCGUGGUUUGUCGAGUCAUCAUCGGGGCGCUCGAGGCAGGUUUUUUUCCAGGCUGUCUUUACCUGAUCUCGAUGUUCUAUAAACGCCACGAACUCCAAUGGCGGUUCAACCUCUUCUUCUCCGCGUCGAUCAUUGCCGGGGCAUUCAGCGGCCUUCUUGCUUACGCUAUCGCUCAUAUGGAAGGCAUUGGUGGCUACGCCGGAUGGCGAUGGAUUUUCAUACUCGAAGGCAUAUUUACCGUCGUCGUUGCAAUCUUCUCGUUCUGGAUCCUGCCGGAUUGGCCGGAGACAGCGAAAUUCCUCAAGAACGAAGAGCGGGAGCUUCUUAUACGUCGCCUUGCAUUGGACGUCAAAGACGCGACUAUGAGCCAUUGGAAUAAGAAGACUGCGAAGCGUGUCUUUGGUGACAUCAAGAUCUACCUCGGUAUUUUGAUGUACUUGGGAAUAGUUACAACCAGCUACAGUGGAGCACUGUUCACGCCGACAAUCCUCAAACAACUGGGCUGGACCUCGAUCCAUGCUCAAGUGAUGUCGAUCCCCAUCUUCGUGGCGGCAACCAUUUUCGCUCUCACGGCAGCUGUAUUGAGCGACAAGCUACGCCAUCGUUUUGGAUUCAUCCUCGCGGGAUGCGUAGUAACGACCAUCGGAUAUGUCAUCUUGUUGAACAUGCGACAUGUGGCGGUUGGUGCUCGCUAUUUCGCCCUCUACUUAAUUAUCUGUGGAGGUUACAUUGCUCAACCCAUCACGCUUGUGUGGGUCAACAACAACAUGUCUGGACACUACAAGCGCGGGGUGAGUAGUGCUUUGAUGGUAGGAUUUGGCAAUUGUGGCGGCAUUGUGGCAUCUAACAUGUUUCUUUCAAGCCAGGCGCCGACGUACCAUCUUGGCUUUGGCCUGGGUCUUGCCCUUGUGUGGCUAUGUGUCCUCAGCGCCAUCAUACUUUUCUUCUAUAUCAGAAGGGAGAAUCGACUGCGCGAUGAAGGCCGAAGAGACGACAGGUAUCAGUUGCCGGAAGACGAGAAGCGUAACCUCGGUGAUGACCACCCGGCUUUCCGCUUCACCUACUGA